AUGAACCAAAUAUGCAGCUACAACCUGUUUCAGGAGGACUAUAAGGAAUUCAACCAAAUGGACGUUCAGGAAGCUUUCGAAAAAUUCGAGGAAGUAUUGAGGAGCGAUGAGAUGCGCCUCAUUUCUAAAUCCAUCCGGGCUGAACUUCGAAGGCCAAACUCUUUAUACGCCCGUGCUCGGCUUGAUAACAAAGAUAGUCGCGAGACCUGGCAAACCCUCAUGCAUAUUUCUGGCAUCAAAUCCUCAUUCCAGGCACCUGCUGCAGUGGACAUAGAUAGUCUGAAUGAGAGUUUCAUCAACAGUGGAACUGCUCUCAGUGCUCUACCUAAUUGA